AUCUGUGAUCCUGCAUUCGGGGCCCAUUCCCAAUCUUGGUGGGUUUGACAGGACAAGACUUCACAACGUGAAUUUUUGUCGAUAGAGGAGGUAGCCGCGAAGAGGGGAGAGGAUGACUCCACGGCGGAGUGUAGAGUGAGCUACUUCUAAUACUGAAGUUCUAGGCUAGCUACUAAGAUCCUGGCUGGGUUGUGCUUCCUGGCCUAGCGUGCAGUGUGCUUAUGCCCGUUCGGGCUCUGGCCGUUUUGAAGACCUCCUGCUGCUGUACGCAGCCACUAGCUAGCACUGGAGCUUUCUUUUUUUUGACGUGCUGAAGGAAGGGCGAUAUAAUCGGCAGCCAUGGCGUACCACUGGCAAAGCAAGUCUGUGAAGACGUCAGGUGUCGAGGACAUGGUCCUACUGACCAAGAUCAACGAGGCAGCUAUCGUCGACAACCUGAAGAAGCGGUACAUGGACGAUCUCAUCUUCACCUACAUCGGCCCUGUGUUGAUAUCCGUGAACCCAUUCAAGGCAAUGACCUACUUCACGGACAAGGAAAUUGACAUAUACCAAGGCUGUGCUGCGUAUGAGAACCCACCACAUAUCUAUGCUCUGACGGACAGCAUGUUCCGUAACAUGGUUAUUGACAAGGAGCCCCAGUGUGUUAUUAUCAGUGGAGAGUCCGGUGCUGGCAAGACAGUGGCGGCUAAGUUCAUUAUGGGCUACAUCACCAAGGUGUCUGGUGGUGGUCAGGCUGUACAGCGUGUGAAAGAUGUCAUCCUCGAGUCCAAUCCAUUGCUGGAAGCAUUCGGUAAUGCCAAGACAGUGAGGAAUAACAACUCGAGUAGAUUUGGCAAGUAUGUAGAGAUGCAGUUCUCAUCUGGUGGCACGCCAAACGGUGGAAAGAUCUCUCAGUUUCUGCUGGAAAAGUCAAGAGUGGUAAGCCAGAACGACAAUGAGCGAAACUUCCAUAUAUUCUAUCAGAUUGCAUCCGGCGCAUCAUCAGAGGACAAAGAGGCGCUGGGUAUCACCACACCAGACUAUUAUUACUAUCUAAACCAAAGUGGGACGUACACAGUGGAUGACAUAGAUGAUGUAGUCGAAUACAAGGCCACACGGAAUGCCAUGAACGUGAUAGGCUUGACGGCAGAGGAGCAGUACUCUGUGAUGAGCAUCGUGGCCGGUAUCCUCCAUCUCGGCAACAUUGCCUUCAUCGAGAACGGAAACUACGCUGCACCAGCUGAUGUGGACUUCCUGGCAUUUCCGGCUUUCCUCCUUGGCUUGGAUCAAGACCGUCUGCAAUCGAAACUAAUCAGUCGUAUCAUGGAGACGAAGUGGGGUGGCAAAUCUGAAAAGGUCGAGGUCACUCUCAAUGUUGAGCAGGCGACGCAAGCACGUGAUGCUCUCGCCAAGGCGCUCUAUUCUAGACUGUUUGAUUUCCUUGUGGACUCUGUGAACCAGGCCAUGGAGACACGUCGGUUUGACUUGACAAUCGGCGUGCUCGAUAUCUACGGCUUUGAGAUCUUCAAGAAGAACGGUUUCGAGCAGUUCUGCAUCAACUUUGUGAAUGAGAAGCUACAGCAGAUCUUCAUCGAACUGACUCUCAAGGCUGAGCAGGAAGAGUAUGUUGCAGAAGGUAUCAAGUGGACGCCCAUUGAGUACUUCAACAACAAGGUUGUGUGUGACUUGAUCGAAUCCAAGAAACCACCCGGCAUCAUGUCGGUGAUGGAUGACGUGUGUGCUACCAUGCAUGCGCAGACUGACGGAGCUGACUCCAAACUCCUAGAGAAACUGAACAUGGCUGCGCUACCAGGCAGUGAGCACUUCAGCGUUUUCAGCGCUGGCUUUGUCAUCCAGCACUAUGCCGGCAAGGUCACGUAUGACGUGGGGGAGUUCUGUGAGCGCAAUCGCGAUGUGCUCUUCACAGAUCUGAUUGAACUCAUGCAGUCGAGCAAAGUAUCGUUCAUCACCGCUCUGUUCCCGGAGAACACACGCGCUGAGUCCAAGGGUCGACCAUCAACGUUCGGCACUAAGAUUAGAACUCAAGCCAACAAGCUAGUGGAUAGGCUGAUGCUGUGUCAGCCAAGCUACGUGCGUUGCCUCAAGCCCAACGAAACCAAGAGAGCACAUGAUUGGGACGAGAGCAGAUGUAAGCAUCAAGUGGAGUAUCUCGGCCUGAAGGAGAAUAUCCGUGUUAGACGUGCAGGCUUUGCGUACCGACGGCCGUUCGAGAAGUUCCUUCAACGGUAUGCAAUCCUGACGCCAGAGACGUAUCCUGCAUGGCGAGGUAGUGUGUUGGAUGGCUGCAAGCACAUUCUCAACUCUGUGCACAUGGACGCUGACCAGUGGCAGAGAGGAAAGACCAAGAUCUUCAUCAAGAACCCGGAGUCGCUAUUCUUGCUAGAAGAGACUAGAGAUCGCAAGUUUGACGGCUACGCACGGUGCAUUCAGAAAGUAUGGCGAGCCCACAAAGCGCGGAAAGACGCGCUUCUACGGCGAAAGGAAGCAUCCGACAUCCUGUACCAGAAGAAGGAGAGGAGAAGAAACAGCAUCAACCGCAACUUUGUUGGUGACUACAUCGGCAUGGAGGACAAGCCACAUCUACGGCAGCACUUAGCGAAGAGAGAACGUGUGGAGUUUGCAGCUACCUGCACAAAGUUUGACAGACGUUUUAAGCCGGCAAGUCGCUACAUCAUACUGACAACGAAGUACAUCUACCUGAUCGGUGCUGAGAAGAUCGCUAAGGGUCCAGACAAGGGAAAGAUCCAGGAAGUAGUGAAGCGGAAACUAGCCCUGGAGGAGGUCACUGCUAUCUCGCUUAGCCAACUUCAGGAUGACUUCUUCAUCAUGCAUGUAGCCGAGUAUGACACGCUGAUGGAGUGCAUCUUCAAGACCGAGUUCCUGACAGUCUUCAGCAAGAAGUAUGAAGCACUGCAUGGAACCAAGCCGGCGUUGCGCUUCAGCAACAACCUUACGAUGACCAUCAAGAAGGAAGGUUGGGGUGGUGGAGGCACGCGGGCGCUGACAUUCCAGCGAGGACAAACUCAGUACGCCACCAUCAAGGCGUCCUCCAAGUCUGCUGUGGUCAGCAUCAUUGGUGGACUGCCAUCGGAUACACGUCCGACGAAAGACUCGCGAGAAUUCACGCGCGGUGCGGGCGGCGCUGCUGCCGGUGGAUACGGUGGUGGUGCCGCUAGAGGCGGCGCUCCGGCCGGCGGACGUGGAGGAGGCGGCGGCUACCGGCCUGCCAAGUCUGCAAAGCCCUCGCAGGCACAGGCCAGUCAGGGCGGAAGGCCGCGAUCCAACUCGCGCUCCCAGCAGAAGGUCGGCAGCGUGGCCAGUUUCCGUCGGGAACGCGCUCCGUCGAUGCACAAGAGCGGCGCACGCGGAAAGGAGAAGAGCCGCAACAUGGAGCACGAAGACGAGAGCUACCUCUUCCAGGUUACGGAGGGAGCGCAUUCAAAGAAGCAUCGCAAGGCGCCGCCAGCACCGGGCGGCAAGCCCAAACCUGCACCACCGCCGAAGAAGAACAUGGUCAAGUCGGUGUACGAGUACGAAGCACAGGAUGCCGAGGAGCUGUCGUUCGGCGAGGGAGUAAUGAUAGAGCUGAUCAGUGAAGAUGGAAGUGGAUGGUGGAAGGGAAAGCUGAAAGGCAAGAUCGGCCUGUUCCCGUAUAACUAUGUGGAGAAGGUGGCAUAAGCUGUUCAGCUCACAGCUCCCGCUCUGCUCUAGGUACUAGUGUGUGUGUGUGUGUGUGUGUGUGUGUGUGUGCGUGUGCGUGCGUAUGUGUGUGUGUGUGUGUGUGUGUGUGUGCGUGCGUGCGUGCGUGCAUGCGUGCGUAUGUGUGUGUGUGUGUGUGUGUGUGUGUGUGUGUGUGUGUGUGUGCGCGUGUGUAUGCGAGCAUGUGUAUGUGUGUGUGCUGCUGAUUCAUCCGUAUGUGUCUGAUAACAAGGCCUGUCUAUCGCAGCACUCGCCUGCGUCAAAUUCAGGUCAAACAUGAUACGGAAUUUCCGCUUCCCACUGUUCGCAUUGGCAUCACGCUAUGCAAUAGGCACUUUCCCUCAUCUUGUAAUAUACACUUCCGCUCUCACCUGUCCAGAUAGCCAGACCCAAUGCAGUUAUCCUGCAGGUCCGGCACGACAGAGACACUCUACUUGUCUAGCGGUGUCCUAUUUGUAUCACUGCAGAUCCUGAAAUUUAUCAUGUUUUCAGUUUGCGAAACAUGCCUUCAGAGUAUUGGUGCAAUUUCUAUCUCUUUCCUAGUUCUGCAUUGCCGCUACCAGCGUCGGUGUCGUAUACGUGACGAUGCGUUAAUUGUUCGUGCGUGUGAUUAGCUUCCUCCGUCAGCUGCCCACAUGAGCUUGGUGGGUCUGUGCACUCGUUGUCAUAAGAAGUGAUUUAGCGGCCCGACCCAACGCUCACACUCCUGCCCUGACACAGUAUUUAUGCUUUUCCUUGCUUCAUGGCCCAGGCCGCCGCAUCUGCCCUUUUUUCCACCAUUCGACGCAUUCCCUUUUGGUUUGAGCCUAUUAAAAAUGACCCAUCACCUAGCCCCUCAAGGAUAUGACAGCUGUUUCCUUAUUUUCUACAUUAUGACUUGCAUAUUCUCUAGAGCGGUCGGAUUGCCGCCUUCACAAUUUGUUUUAGAUUUUGGCUAUUUUUCGACUUCGAGCAAUUUAGAGAUUUUCGCUUUUUGUAUCGGACGAGGUCAUGCUAUGCUGCAUGGCUUUCUUCUUCGUCCCUCCUUUCA